GAGAAGUAACAAACCAAAAAAUAUUGAGUGUGCUUUAAAUCUGAAACGAAAACCAGGCUGCGGAGGGAACAUUCGACAUGUAAAGCAGCAUCCGAGCAAAACUAAGUCGAUAUUUUAAGCAUUUCGCUUUUCGCGACCCUCGCGCGGAGGGGGAACGGUCACAUUUCACCGUUGUUGUGUCCGGGACAUUAAAGGGUGGGACCAGUUGCUGUCGGAGACCAUGAGGAGACUCCGCAGGACCAGUAGGCCGAAGCUCAAACAGCAGGUGGAUGAUGAUGUUUAUGACCCUCAGGCAUACAGCAACUUACCAAAUCCAGAUGAUAAUUCUUCGGAAUAUUUUAAUGAUGACGUGGAUGAAUUUCAUCAGAAGAAGCUCCAGAAGCUGCUGGCUGAUGGAGUCAUGCUGGAUGAUGCAAACGAAGACUCGAUGGAUGAGGAAGAGGUGAUGUCCUUGGAGAUACCGGACUCAGAGGAUGAUGAGGAAGACGAGGAUGAUGAGGAAGACGAGGAUAAUGAUGAUGAGGAGGAUGUUGACAUGGAUAGUGACCUUGAGGGCAAAUUGGAAGCUGAUCUCCCCAAUGAGUUAGCCUGGGGCCAGAAGAAAGCAAUGUAUUACAGCACAGACUACAUUGACGAGCUUUCACGUGGUAAGGGUAAGGAAGAAGCACUGGCAGAAGCUGAGGAGGAGGAACAAGAAGCUUUGAAUAUUCAAAAGCGUUUGGCAGAGAAUCUGACAGAGGAAGACUUUGGACUUGACCUUAUUCAGGCGUUUGCCCAGGAGCAGGAAACUGAAAAAGCGACUCAAAAAGAUCUGAUAAUUAAAAAGGAUUUGAAGAAAAUGUCACAUAAAGAGCAGAUGAGUCUACUGAAGAAGGAGUCACCAGAACUUCUGGAACUCAUUCAGGACUUCAAAGCAAAGCUCAUGGAGCUGAGGGAUAAGCUGCAUCCGCUAAUGAAUAUGGUGAAGAGUAGGAAGAUAUGUGCAGGGAAGGGUGCCCACUACGUGCAGACCAAGUACCACCUGUACCUGAAUUAUUGCACAAACAUCAGUUUUUACCUGGUACUGAAGGCCAAGCGGAUCCCAGUGCAUAAUCACCCUGUGAUCGAGAGGCUUCUCACCUACAGAAACCUGAUCAAUGAUCUAGGUGGAUUGGAUGAGAAGCUGUCGUCUGAAAUCCAGCAGCUUUUGAGCCAGGAUAGCCUGGAAAUUACGAAAAACGUUCAACUCUCCUCUGAGGAGAGAAAAGUUCCGAUUCAAUUGAGCAAACAGCCUAAAGCUGGACAACGAAUGGAAGAAGAGGUCUCUGACGACACAGUUUCUGGGGACUCCAAGUCUGAUACAGAUGAAGAAGCAGCAUUCCAAUAUUAUAAGGAAAUGGAGGAGAGGCUGGCUGAAAAGAGAAAGAGAACUCAACAUCACAGCAAUGAGGACAGUGCUGUGGUAAAGGAAGGACUUAAUCCAGAAGGAAAGAGAAAGAUCACAUACCAGAUUGCCAAGAACAAAGGUCUCACACCUAAAAGGAAGAAGAUUGAUCGUAAUCCCCGAGUCAAGCACCGAGAGAAAUUCAGACGGGCUAAAAUACGAAGGAAGGGUCAGGUACGCGAGGUCCGUACGGAAGUGCAUCGAUAUGGUGGUGAGCUCUCUGGCAUCCGUAUUGGUGUUAAGAAGAGCACCAAGUUUCAGUAAUUGUGCUGCUUCCUGUUGAGCAUCUGCAACUUGGAAAUCAGGGAGCAGCUGCUCUGCCUCUUUGUAUUUAUAGAGUUUAAUAAAAAUUGUGCAUUUUUACUGUG